GCCGAUUACAAUGGCUGGCGAGGAUAUGGACAUCGAGGUUGCCGAGAAGCAGCUCAAGUCGCUAGACCACGCGGAGCAGCACUACUUCAACAGCUAUAACCACCAUGGUAAGAGAAGCCGCUGGAUGAUAUGCCAAAUGUUCCCCCUUGGGCUAACCUUUGCGACCCCGCGAUAAGGCAUCCAUGAGGAAAUGUUGAAAGAUGAAGUUCGGACGAGGUCGUACAUGAACGCCAUCAUGCAAAACAAGCACAUCUUCAAGGACAAGGUUGUGCUGGACGUGGGAUGCGGCACAGGCAUUCUCUCCAUGUGUGUCUCCCCCUGCUCAGCGCGGGCCGGAAGGCAAGAGAUUGACAGA